AUGUCCAAUACAUUAUGUGCAUAUAACGGUAUACAUGGAUCUUUUAAUCGUCCAGAAAUAAGGAUGUUGGCUCAUGCAUUAGGAUUACCAGAAGAUCGUAUUGAAUAUAGAUUAAAUAAACUUGGACAUGGAGAGACAAUUCAAAUUUCAAAAGUAAUACUCUUACUCAAACAAGGUGCAUUUAUUACUGAUCUUAAUCUUAUGUUUAAUGAUCAAAGUGGUCUAUAUAAUAGCAUGGUUUUGGCUAAAGCUCUUCAAUUAGUUGAUUCACAUUUAUUUAGUUUUCAUGAAAUACGAAAAGCUCGUCUUUCUUUUGAUUUCUAUGAAAUGAAUGCAUUAGGAAGUGAUAAGAAUACAUUCGAAUUAAUCUCACAAGCAAUUAAAUCCUGUGGAUAUCGCAUAAGUCCAUUGAAGCUUAAACAUCGUUUAUAUCAUUAUCAUUUAAAUAAAAUACGCAUAUUACAUUUAUGUGAAUAUUUUGAUCUAUUAUUAAUGUCAAAUCGUAUAGAUAAAAAAUCAGAAUCAUCGUCAAGAAAAAGUAUUGAUAUAGCGAAUCCAAAAUCUGUUGAUCAACAAAUAAUAGAUGAAUUAAAUGCCAAAUAUUUACAUGAUGAACAUAAUAGUUUCUUACAAGAAAAUUUUGUGAAGGAAAAAAUGAUUGAAAGUUCAGUAUGGCCAGCAAAAAUUGUUCGACAAAAUCAGAUGAAUGAAGCUGCUGCACAAAAAGCUCGAUUACAAAGACAAUUAACAGCUAGUAUAUCAUCAUUGAAACAUUCACGAGCUGGAAGUGCUUGUGUAACUCCAUCAAAUUCAUCAACAUUACAUCAUCGUCAAUCUCGGCCAACGUCAACAUGUCCUGUCACACCUUCAUUGCCAGUCAUUGAUCGAAGUGUUGCUUGUUCUACUGCACAAUCAAAUCGAUCAAUGAUUUCAGAAAUUGAAACAAAGACAAAUGAAAUUACAAAUCGUCUUCAACAAUUACAAUCUGAAUCAACAUAUCUAGUUUUUAAAUAUGCUGUAUAUCGAGAAGAUUAUAUGAAUGAACUUUUUCCAAAUGGUUUUACAAAAUCAACUAUAGAAUAUAAUGAAAAACCCGUUUUACGUCGAGCUAAAACAGCUAAACCAUCAAUGUAUUGGUCAGAUGGAGCUAUCACAAAAAAAAACUACUAA